AGGAAACUCGUCAGAUCAAAUCCUCCAAGCUCACUGUGAUUCCCUAAUAAAUAAGAGGAGGAAAGAAAUCAGGCAAAAUGCAGUUUCAGAUUCUGGCAUUCACAGCUCUGCUCUCGACUGCUCUUGCAGCACCAGCUGGUCUUCUAUCUACCCGGCAGUCAUCAUCACCAGGCUGGACCAUCCGCUCGUUCACAAGAAACUGCACUGAUCCGAACAUCUGCACCUAUACCUUCUCCAUCGACGUUAAUAACGGUAGCAGCACGCCCGUGCCCUGCACUAUUGUCGAUACCGCGGAGCCCGCAACCACGCAUUCGUUUUACGGCGUGCCAUGCACGCAGGCGAAUAACUUCGCCGUCUCAUGGGGUUGGAAUACCCAGGAUGAUUUCACCGUCUUGACGCUUGUCAAUCAGACGGCGCUUCAAGAAGCGUUUUUCGGCUACGAUCAUCCGAAUGUGGGUUUGCCGGUCGUGAGCUAUGCGGAUGUGGGACCGAAUGCCGUGCAGCAUACUUAAGGUAGUUUGGGUCAUGGGUGUUGGAGGAGAAUGGGGAUGGAAAGGGGGAUGGAUGGGUGAGCACUGAGGAGGGAUAGGAUGGAUGGAUUAAAGGGGAGGGAGAAUUGUGCAAAAAGUAAAGUAUGUUUGGUUGCUUUGCUUUGCUUUGUUUUGCUUUGUUACAGGAUGGUAGUGAG